ACCUCGAAUAUAUUCUUCCGCCCGAAAAGCGAUAAUUCCUGACUGGGUCGUACUGAAAUUCCACAUCCCAAGCCCGCGUUUCCGUUCAGCAGCGACACUCACGGAAAUGCCAUGGCGAGCAGUAAGACGCGCGACGGCUCGCUAAUCGGCGAUGUGCUUAUAGAGGAGGUAUUCGGUCGCGGUCCGAACGCCGCGCGCACGGCUGUCUGGGUCGAGGAGCCCCCGGCCAGCACAGACGGAAACGGCGCGAACGCCGCAAGCGGCGGCGGCGGCGGCGGGAAGCGCAGGCUGCCUGCGGCGCUUGCUGGCAUCAUGGAGGCGCCGUCGUCCAUUCGCGUCCUCAAGUCUGCGCGCGGCAGUGGCUCGCUCGGCUCUCUCGUGCGCACACUGCGCGGAGCGUUCCUGCCAGAGGGUUACCCUGAGAGUGUUACAGAUGACUACCUCGCAUUCCAAACGUGGGAUACCUUGCAGGGCCUGUCGACGUACAUCCGAAGCAUGCUAUCCACACAGGUGCUGCUAGCCGGCCUGGGAGUGGGCCGCGCCUCUGCGUCGGCCAUCAGCGCCACGUUCCAGUGGUUUGUGCGCGAUUUCACUGGCAUGCUUGGAGGCAUUCUCUUUGCCAUGUAUAAGGGCUCCAAUCUCGACAGCAAUGCCAAGCAGUGGAGGCUGGCUGCUGACGUCAUCAAUGAUGUUGGAAUGCUCCUAGACCUUCUCUCCCCCCUCGUUCCCUCCGCCUUCCUGCCGCUGCUCUGCCUUGGGAGUAUCUCCCGAGCCAUAACUGGCACUGCCAGCGGUGCAACAAGAGCAGCACUUACUCAACACUUUGCUAAGCGGCAGAACGCUGCUGAUAUUUCCGCCAAGGAAGGCAGUCAGGAGACAGCAGCAACGAUGGUGGGCAUGCUGGUGGGCAUGCUGGUGGGCGGAAUGGUGGCUGACAGUGUGCUGCUGCUGUGGGCGGCCUUCCUCUUGCUCACUGCUUUCCAUGUCUAUGAGCAGCCAACUACCGCGCCGUCAGGAGCCUGUGCCUCACGAGCCUCAACAGGGAGAGGGCGGCCCUGCUGCUGCUGGCGUACAGGGGCGAGGGGAAGCAAGUGCUCUCCCCACCUGUUGUCUCCAAUCAAGAGCGCCUCAUCCCUUCACUACCUCAGUUUUUCUCACACCACAUGCAGCAGCACGGCUCAAGAUGCAUCCAUGGCCGUCCACACACACUCAUGAGCCCACAAGCGCACCGGCUCAUGGCACACAUUCAUUUGGGCACUCGGUUGAGCGACCUUCAUGCCAAGAAGCUUGACCUCAGCGUGCGGCAGGCUCUCAGGCGCUACGCUAAAGGCCGCUACCUGCUGGUGCUCACACCCUCAAAAGCGACUGUGUUACAGUCACAAUCUCCACCACCAUCGUCCACUCCAUUACCAUUGCUGCCGCAUGUGUACGCCAUCAUCCAUCGCGGCGCAUCGCAUGCGGACGUGCUCCGAGCAUACAUUCACGCCCUCAUAACCCUGCAAGAGAUUCCGUGUGAGGCUCGGAAUACUGGAGGCUCGGACGCAGGCUCGGCAGGGAGUGUAGGUUCGGGAAGGCUAUCAGUAGAAGAGGUGGCGGAGGCUCGGGCAGCAGCUUGGAUGGCUUCUGAGUAUCCACGGUUUCUUGACGAGCUCUCGGCUGCCCAUUGGGCGAUCAGCGUUGUGCAAUUGUCACCGGGGGAGUGGCGGGCGGACUGGCCACAGACUGCGAUGGAAUAAGCAGUCUGUGUCAAACAUGUUUAUUGAUCAUGUUUGUAUAGACUGUAUAGGGUAACCUCCUAGAGGGUACAACAUUUAGGUAUAUGUGCAUGUACUCUCUAACUCUACAUUCAUUCAAUUUCUAGGUUU